CAGUCUUUUUUUGAUCGUCCAGACUGAGACAAGUACACGCCAGACAACUCCCUCCCUUUUCCACCUCCUUCCAACUUCAGCGAUUCCUUUUAAGGACGUCGUCCGCACUCAGCAUAUCAUUCCAACGUCGCGUUCAUCGUUCAACUCAUAAAAUCUUUUUCUUUUCUUUUCUUAUACGCGUCCCUUUUCAACUCGUUGUUAGAAGGUCAUAUGGCCUAUCGCCGUCAACCUACUUCAACAACAACUAACUCUCCAUCUUAUCCUUAUUCCAACGCCGCGGCUCAUCACAGCCAACAACCUUCCCUUUCCGGUCAGAGUAUUCAAGACGACCCCGCCUCUUCAUCAUCUCCAACAAUGCGUAAGCGCCAACGCACGGACCUCAAUUUGGCAAAUCCUGUCAUUGCGGAUCCUUCACAGCAACCGCCACAACCUGGUAAUCAACAACAACCUCACCAACAACAUCUACCUCAACCAGUUCAACAACCAGGUGUACCAGAAGAUGGUUUCAUUCACGAUCAGGACGCUGCAGAGAGCGGUGGUGAUGACGACGAUGAAGAGGAGAAACCAAAGUCUGACAAGAAGGCAGGAAGGCGAAAGAUUAAGAUCGAAUUUAUUCAAGAUAAAUCGAGACGUCACAUAACAUUCUCCAAAAGGAAAGCUGGCAUCAUGAAAAAGGCCUAUGAACUCUCUACCCUCACAGGUACUCAGGUCCUUCUCCUUGUCGUUUCAGAAACAGGUCUUGUAUACACUUUCACCACAUCCAAGCUUCAACCCCUUGUCACUCAACCAGAGGGCAAAAAUCUCAUUCAAGCAUGUCUAAAUGCUCCACACGGCUCGCUUCCCUCUGCAAUGCCAGUUGGUGCCCCUAUAGGUCGUGCAUCAGGACCCAUGUCUUUGCCCGGUCCUGGAAGCACUAAUCUUCCAGGAGGGCUUGCUAUUCCAGGCGGUCCUGUAGGUGGCCCUCAGAGCGCUACGAAGGAAGACGGUGACGAUGAAGGUGACGAAGAGGCCGCUCGCGGUAAUCGCGCAGCCGCGGCUGGGGACAAGCGUCGUCGGCGUCCAUCCACAACUGGCUCUGGGCCUCGCGGUGGACCAGGAUCCCCACAGACCCCUAAUAGUACUAUCCCUCCUCCCCUUUCCAUUCCAGCUGCAUCCCAGCACCAGCAGGCACCUCAGGCACCGCCCCCACCACAAAUAUCUCUUGGCUCUCCGACGAGUCCCCAGCAGCAACACUCCCAAGUGCCUCAGUCCCCUCAGUAUGGAACGUCGCCAACUGGAGGAUACGCUCAUGCUCAACAUCAUGGUCAUCAUGCGCCUGGGGGCGGUCAUGGUGGAAGCCCAACUGACCCUGGCAUGUACGGCGGCCACAUGGGCUUGCCUCCUCCAGGUGCUUACUCAUACCCUGGUCCUGGAGGCCCUGGUGGCCAAGGUGGUCAACCGUUGGGUGGUCUAGCUGCUGCUGCCGCGCAGCACUCGCAUUGGGCCCCGCCCCCGCCCGUCAGUCAGGGUGGUCAUUACGGCAGAAGAUGAUGAAGAUACGAAUAAUGACGCGUGCUGACUCUGAUCGUGCAUGAUAAGCUUUCUUGUCCGUCCAAACUGGGUUGUUUUAUGCUUUUUCCCUUUCUCUCUACGUGCUUCGGGCUUCUGCUUCUUCGUCUCAGCUUCCCUGCUGUUACUUACUCGAGCUGUCUCGGCUGAAUUUGUACAAAUAAUUGAUCAAUUCGUCUGUCAUUCCCACCGUUUCGUCUUAUCCAUAUUUCUUUGUCAAUUCUCAUUCAGUAUUUUGGAUGUUAUCAUGUGGUUUGCUAUGACGGCGUCAAAAGUUUGUGCUUAGUACUCGUUUCCAUUCAUACACGACUGCAUCUGUGCUACCAGGUAUCAUUCAACAAAGGAAGUGAUUUUCAUGUCA